AUCCUAUAUAACACCUUUCGAAAUACCUCUAUAUUUCCAUCUGUUAAUUUAGUGAGGUUCCGUCGUUCAGUUAAUACUUUGAAUUUAUUUGUUCUACAAUAAAAUGGACAUGCCUGAGUAUGAAGCUGCGGCACAUAUCCGUGUCAGUAAGCGUGAAACGAAACAUAGAAUAUUUGUCAAUCGGAGCUUACAGCUAGACAAAAUAAAAUUUUUUGGAUUCGACAUGGACUACACUUUAGCCCAGUACAAAUCACCACAGUAUGAAGAGCUUGCUUUCAAUAUCAUAAAAAAUCGUUUGAUACAGCUUGGCUAUCCGCCCAAAACUUCUGAUUUUGUCUACGAUCCUUCGUUUCCACUGAGAGGUCUAUGGUUUGAUCGACUUUAUGGUACUCUGCUAAAAAUAGAUCAGUUUGGCAACAUUCUUUCAUGUCUACGUGGAUUUCAGUUUAUUCAAAGGGAAGAACUUCGAUCAAUGUAUCCGAAUAAGUUCGUUAAGUAUGACGAGAAGAGAAUUGAAAUAAUGAACACCUUGUUCAGUCUUCCAGAAACCUACAUACUUUCAUGUAUAAUCCAUAUGUUUGUCAAUGAUCCUGAAUACACUAAAGUGGAACAUGGUGUGAAGAAAGGAUCUCUGUAUAUGUCAUAUGCUUCUAUUUACGAGGAUGUGAGGACCGCUUGUGAUUGGAUGCACAGAGGUGAAUUGAAACAACGUACUUUGGCAAAUAUUAGUGAAUAUGUUGAAAGAGAUUCACGUUUAUCUACUUUAUUAGAUAGGCUACGAAUGAAUGGUGCAAAAGUGUUUUUAUUAACAAACAGUGAUUUUGAAUAUUCUCACGCAAUUAUGAGUUUUAUUUUGGGAACGCCAAGAUCUGAUGGUACUGUUCGUAAAUGGACAAGUUAUUUUGAUUACAUUGUCACUGAUGCAAGAAAACCGACAUUCUUUCAAGAAGGAACAAUUUUACGAGCUGUUUGUCAAGAUACUGGACAACCUAGUAUUGGUCAUCAUAUGGGUCCUUUAGAAACUGGUCAAAUUUAUUCUGGAGGAUCAUGUGAAGUAUUUUCCAGUCUAAUUGGUGCUCGUGGUAAAGAUGUUCUCUAUGUCGGUGAUCAUGUUUACGGGGAUAUAUUGAAAUCGAAAAAAACAGUCGGUUGGCGAACUUAUUUAAUUAUACCAGAAUUAGCCAAUGAGAUUUAUGUUUGGAAAAAGAAAAAGUCACUAUUUGAUGAAUUGCAAAAAAUCGAUAAUAACUUGGAAAGAAUCUAUCGCGAUUUGAAUAUCUCAUCCGAUAUAAGACCGGAUGUUGGUGAUUUACAAAGGAAAAUUCGGGCUGUGGCUCAACAAAUGGAAGAAUCUUAUGGUGCAUUGGGAAGUAUUUUUAGAAAUGGUUCACGGCAUACAUUCUUUUCUUCGCAAGUAUUACGUUAUGCAGAUUUAUAUUCAUUCUCUUGUAUAAAUCUAAUGUAUUAUCCAUUGUGUUAUAUGUUUCGUGCACCAGCUAUGCUUAUGCCACAUGAAUCUACUGUAUCACAUGGUGAUUCACCAAAAGAUAGUUUUUCUGAUUUAGAUUCACUACCAUGUGGACUACGUCGACGUACUAAAAAUGAAAUUACUCCACUCUCGAUUGAUUACAUUUCUUCUUUGAAAAAAUCCAAUAAUAAUAUUUGUGAAUCCGAUGAAGAAGACAAUGAUUCUUAUGAUUCUGAUUGAAGCCACUCAACUAUACACUGAACAUGUUCAAUUAUUCUGCAUUGCCUCUUAUCAUCGAUGUACUACUUACUACCAAACAAAAACUAUCAUUAAAAACCAGACACACACAGAGAGAAAGAGAAGUGCUCGUCC